GGGACGGGGGGGUGGACAAAUAGGCGCCUUCGCUCCUGCCCUUGCAACCCCGGAAGGACGGGAAAGGGGCUGCGCGCUGCUUGUUGUUUUUAACACGGCGCCCCCGCGUGAGAACCAGGCGGGAGGACUGGAAAGCCCUGGCCGAGCAGAGCGCGGGUGGCGUGGGAACGGGCCGCGCGGCAAAGCGCAGAGCGCGCGCUCUUUCGCGCCGGAUUGUACUCGACGCCCGGCCCUUAUAAACGCGUAAUAGCGCGGUUUCCAAUCCCACUGCAAACCAUCCCUGCAUAUUCCUACCCCACCCCACCCGCAGCACAAUUUCAUUUUAUAUAUUAAGAAGAAUAACAUAGCUGGAGCCUUCGUGUUGUCUUAGCAUCCAUCAUCUUCCAGGCCAGUCAAGGGCAAAGCAGCACAGCGCUAUCGGAACGGGACACAGGGCAUGCGCGAUCAAAGCGGAAUUAUUAUAGGAUCUGGUUGCUCUGGGUUACAGGUUGAUAGGAGGCCUUUGGUCGCUUGUCCCUUCCUUUCCGUUUUCUUUCCAAUGUGCAGUUGACAAACUAAUUAGCCCAAGAGCAGUGUUCCAAACUCCCAUUGUUCUAGGCACAUUUUGCCAGCAGUUUCUGAGCUCUGGGCGCAAUACUGUGCCUAAGAUUUCAGAUUGAAAGUGCAAAGAAAGGAGGACCUUUUUCUGCCUCCCCACUUCCAGGUACUCUGAAGACUGGAACAGAGACCCCCCUUAAGAAUAUUAGGCGGUGGGCAGGGGGAGGACUAGAGUAUGUGAAAAAUGAACAUAGUAUUUUAUCUGCAGUUCAUUCAUUUUCAGCUUUGCGUUCUUGUUAUAAAAAGCGUGCCUAGACAUUCCGUUGUUGCGUCCAUAACCUAGGUUUAAGGUGCCAUUUAGCUCCUAGCUUUCAUAUCUCAGUUUCUAACACAGCCCAAGAGGUGUUUGUGUGUUUGACCACAGAGGUCAAGGGAUGUGCCCCUAGGUUGCACAAUGUCUGAAGUGAAAGGGAGACAGAAUCAAUAGGAUGGUGGCUGCAAGAGGUCAUGAGCAGGGCUCCAUAUUGUUAACACUGAGUGACAGCAGCUUUCAGACAGAUAUUCCCAGGCCUACUAGAUGCUGGGGCCUAAAGGGGACUUUCUACAAGCAAAGCAGAUGCUAUACCACUGAGCUAAAGCCCUUCACUAAAAGUAAUAGAAGAAGCUGCUUUGAUUGAAUACAGAGGGUACUCUCCCACUCAUGUACCUUAAAGAUGGAUUUUGUGGUUGCCUUCUGAAAAAAGCCACUUGCAGAAUUGAUCACUUGGAUGGAAUGGGUGCUUGUUGCUUCUGCUUCUAUAGGUGGUGGUUGGAUAAAGACAAGACUAAUCAUUUACAAAAUGGUAACUUACCUAUGUGUGCACAUAACCACAUAGUCAACUGAUUGCCAGAAUGUGAACAGAUAAUGAGUACAUCAUACAAUCAUAAAAGGAGCUGUCUCAGGGUAGGUUGGUACUUAUUUGCUAAGUCAGAGGUGGGGAUAUUGCUGACCUACAGCUAUGGGGCUGAUGGGAGCUGGAUUCCAGCAACACUUGGAGGUGCACAAGUUCCUCAUCUUUCUGUUGCAUUUUAACAAGGAGGCCUUUAUUCCAAAGCAGAAAUGUGGUAAAAUGUUAAACUCUGAUCUGUGUGGAUUCUCCCAACUCAGCAAUUUUUCUGAAACAUGAAUUAAUAUUUUUUUAAUAUCUGCUUUUAAAGCACAAUCAGUAUAAACGGCACCUUAUAAUGUAACAUUUUAAAUAUUAGUAAAAAUUGGCUCCAAAGUUUACUAUCUGUCAUGUUUUGUUAUGUGUGUUUUUCCUAUUGAAACAAUGUACUUGUUCUAAUUAUGAGGUUCCUUGGGGAAAGUUGAUCUUAAAGAUGGUAUGUAAAUACUUAAAAUAAAUAAUAACGUACAGAGAACAGAUAGGUGCCUGCCUCCAUGGAGUUUACAAUUUAAAACAGCCAGUGAGGGAAACAAAGUCAUCCACAGGAAAGAUAAGGCUUGCACAUUUUGCCUUAUAUCUCAGGUUCUGCAAGUGCUAGAAACUUACUCAAGCAAACAAACAAAUAAAGCUGAGGGUGAAGAUUAAGGUUUAUUGGGGGAAUGCCCUCCCGUGCCCUGCCCUGUAGACGUCAUGGAGGGAAACAAGGGAAGGAGAGACAAAGGGAGAUAAUGAAGAAUUUAGGCCAACAUGUCUGCACAUUAUUAAAGCCUGCUUAUGGUUAAGAAUGAGGAUUAACAUGAUGGGUUCUAGACGUUGUAGAACUGGUGAGCUUUGACAACGGAUUUGAAGGAAACAAAGAGAGGUAACAUCCUACAGUAUAUGUGUUCAGGUUGGGAGUUGCACACAUAGGGAGCAACAAGGAACAAUGAGGUGGUGCUGGAGUCUUUGAAGGGAACAGGAGACCAUUAGUCAGUGGAGAGGGAGAUAAAUGGGUGGAGGAGUGGGUAUUACGGCACAGUACUUGUUUAGAUGGUGUUUUAGAGAGAGUGGAAGAGGACUGCUCCCUGUCUCGAGCACUUAAUGACUCUACGUUUUCACACAGGGGAAGCAACAGAGGUGGGAAGCAACAUCUGAAGGCAGCCCUGUUUAGGGAGGCUUUUAAUGUUUAAUUGAUUAUUUUAUUUUAUUUUUCUGUUGGAAGCCGCCCAGAGUGGCUGUGAAAACCCAGCCAAAUGGGUGUGGUAUAAAUAAUAUAUUAUUAUUAUUAUUAUUAUUAUUAUUAUUAUUAUUAUUAUUAUUGGCAGGGAUGAAAUGAGAAACGAGGAUCAUAGGAUAAAAAGGUGACCAAAGAGUGUUGGGUUGGACAACAGAAUGGGCAGACGCCACUUGGACGUCAGCAGAUAAUAUAGCCUGGUUUCAUUAGCGCAGUCUUCUUAUGUAGUAAGCGUGCACAUCGCAGUGAUAGGUAGUGUUGGUUGAUAAACACAGGCCCAGGGCCCUCCAGGCCUCCCUAUCUGACCCUGAGGACUCUCCCCACAACAGCCCCCAGCCACACACAGUCUCUCAAUGUCAUGCCCCUCUCUGGCUCUAGUUCACAGUCACUUUGAGUAGGGUUGGUUGUUUUUCUGGAAUGUGUCCUUGAACUCUCAGAAUGAUUCUUGUUUACUUGGACGAAGGAUAAAGGCUGGUAUGUGUAUAAUCUAGCCUACUGCAGAAAGGUAAAAUUUACACUUGUUGCUAGGCUCACUUUUGCCACUGUCCUUUCUCACCACUGACUGGCAUGUGGCCCCAGAAGAUUGUCCAGAAAGGAAUAGGACCCUCAAGUCUAGGAAAAGGUUCCCCAUCCUUGGCCUAUGAGCUCAAUGGUCAUAUCUAGGGCAUCUGCUUGAAGGGUGUGCCACUCAUGCAGACACCCACCUGUGCAACUGUCUAAUCUAGCUCAACUCCCUCUUUUUGCAGCGGUCUUUUCUGCACUUUCCAGCUAUAAUAGGAUUGUAGGCAGUUAAGCCACACACUUAAUUGUACCAUUAAUAUUCUGAGCUCCUGUAAAGUUGCUAAGCAAGCAGAAGUAAACAUCUCACUUUUUUGUUUGCUUUAACCUUUCACCUAAUUAGUUAAGACAACUUUACUGUGCUUGGCAUUUUUUAAAAUAAAUCAGACAUUACUCAUCCCCACCAGAUGUCCUGUCCCUAACCACAAGACUGCUUAAAGGCAGUGUGUUCCAAUUAACACAACACACCCCUCCUGAGCUCUAGCUCCCUGUUUUCUCAAUUUUGGGGGACAGAACAGGACUGCUGAAGGAAGCAACUUGGCAAAUAGCCUGGUCAAGCAUGCUUCAUUAUGUACACUUUUACUACUUCCUCUGCUCAUAUGUGUUUGGAUGUUAGUCUUCAGCCAAUAGGUCACAGCAGAAGCCAUAGCACCAUACAAAGAUAUGGUUAAAAAAAAGUAGGUGUCCCUGAAUCCAUGCUAAAAAAUUUUUUUUGUAUUUCACAAGAUUUAUAUACCUCUUGACUGUAAUAAAACCUUGGUUAAAUGUGAGUCAUGGUUCCCUAUGAGACCACAGAUUUUAUAGGUGGGCUUGGGGCUCCAUCCAUGCCAGCCAACCCCAUGUACAACUCUGUCCCACUGCACCCCUCAGAAACCCCCCACAAGACCUUGCCAACCUCCCACCCAACCAUUAGACCAGGCAUCCCCAAACUCGGCCCUCCAGAUGUUUGGGGACUACAACUCCCAUCAUCCGUAGCCAACGGGACCAGUGGUCAGGGAUGAUGGGAAUUGUAGUCCUAAAACAUCUGGUGGGCCAAGUUUGGGGAUGCCUGCAUUAGACCAUAGCUGGAUAAUCUUUUAUGGUUUGCACCCCAGGGGCCAACUUAGGUGGGAAGGGCAACCUGCAUGUCAAUCACAUGACAUAAUUGUGAUAUCACAUGAUUGGCAGGUCUGUUCUACUCACUUGCCCAAAUCCCAACAUUGGAAGUUGAAGGGGGACGGGUGAGAAAGCCUACCCUGUACUAAACCUUUCAGCAUUUUGCAGCUCUCCCCCUGCUUUUCCUUUUUCCCUUACCCAAUGUUGGAGGUCCAAAGGAAUACCAACCCCAUCUGCCCCCACCUCACCAGUGCCUUCUAGACCUUGCCAAACCAACUUCCCCCACUGACCUAGGGCUUGCCAAGUCUCCCACCCAACCCCAUCCCCUUAGACCUCCUAGCACAAGGAAGAGGGAAGGGUGGCAGGUGGUCCAGAGGUGCCAUGGAGGAACAGUCAUGACAGGCCAGGAUGGCUCCAUCCUGCUCACCCACUGCUUCCUUCCUCUGUGCCUUCUGCUGCUGAGGUUGAAACAGCAUUAUUGGUGAGGUGGGCAGCAGCUUGUAGAGCAGGGUGGUUGCUGAGGAACUGACACAGGCUGUUGUGACUUCCUCCACAGCUUACCUGGCCUGACGCUGGUCUCCAUUGCUACUGCAAAGGCCACAGCAGCUCUCAAAGAGCUAUUGUCAUGCUGCAGUUCUCAAGUCAUCUAUCAGACAGUGACCAAGGUGCAUAAUGACAACCUUAGGCAAAUAGGUAUAUAGUAGGAGAUAGACUUGAAUUUUACUGAAAGAUCUUUGAAUUAUUAGUUGCACGUGGCAACAGUACAGAUACAGAUAAAUUUUACUUUUCCAGCUUCCUUUUGUCCAGAUCAUCAUUUUUUAUGUUCUCCCCCUCCCCCACCUUAUCCUUUCUGUUACUUCAGUUUGUUUCCCCUUUCUGCCAUCCCUGGUUCCAUAUUCUUCUGGUGGAAGAAGAAAAGGUGGAAAUAGGACAUUGUUGGAAUUAAAAAUCAGUUCUGACCAAAAUUAUGUAAUCUAAAUUUAUAGCCACAUGCACUGCCAAACAAAUGCAUUAGGAACAGGAAGAACAUCUCUUCUUCUGAAUAGUUCAGUGACCUGAUGUUCCUUUUGAAGCGUUUAUUUGGAUUUAAAAAGAAAAAAAAAUCUAUGCCUUCUCAGAUGAAUACCACUGUAUCACUGUGGGGCAAUAGGAGAAGAGUCUUUUUCCUGGAAUGUUAAUCCUGUUGUAGUCCAUUUUCAACCCCAAGCUCAAAACUUUGAAAAGUAUACUCUGAAAAGUAUACAGCUUUUCAAUGACUUGAGAACUUCAUAGAUUUGUAAAGGGCAGCCAGGUCAAAUCAUGCAUAAAAAUCGAAGCAGGGUUUUUUUCUGGGUUAAAUACUUUUAAAGUUGCAGGUUUUUUUCAAAAAAUGGGAGAACUGUUUCAAGUUUCUAGAGUGCUUUAUAGCCUUUGACAGUUUUGUUUAUGACUAGAGUGGGCAGGGAGUAGAUUUAAUUUACUGGUAGACCCGAUUACUCAAAAUAGAUCCUCAAGAGUUUCCCAGUUGUGGAACAAUAGAAACAGCAAAAAGCUACCACCCAAACUGAAAACACUGAUCUGUAGUAACUCAGAUGUUGUCUUAUAUAAUAUCAUGUCAUGCAGUUAAUAUUUGGCUGCCAAAUUGUCUUUUGCAUCUGACUCCAUUCCCCCCAAGCCACUUACUUUGCACGUGGCUCUGCACAAGGUUUGUGGUGCUAGCCAGAAAACUUAGGAAAAAUGGUUUCUGGUUCAUGUCAGGUUCUCCUGCAAUUCUAGACUUCUAAGAAAACCAUCCUGUCCCAUUGGGAGUCAGAUUCAAGAUCAUUAGAAGAAAAUAAAUCACCAGAAAUUUGGACUUCUACCAUUAAAGCCUUGCUGUACACAACAUGCAAGGAACGAGCCUUUUAAGACCCUCUUUUUAUUCUUCACAGGCUGCGCUCUGAUCUCAGCUGGCUUCAGAAAGCGGGAGCUGAUUUGCGUAUGUGAUCCAACAAGGAAAUUUUUCAAAAGCAUCUGAUCAUAGCUCACAGGGCCAACUCCAGGUUUGAGGAGGCUUUCAGCAGUACUGGCCCUCUCCUUACAACAGUGGGUCUCACCCAGCCACAGGCUACCCAGCCACCACCAGCAGCAAUAAGCUACAGCCAUCAUUUUAAAUUUCCCACUGUUCCCUGGAGUACCUGACAUAACAUCACUUUGGGGCACUGGGAAAUUCAGAAUGAAAUCUCAUAGCCACCUGACCUCAGAGGCCAGCUUCUUCCUCAUUAGUCUCGUUGUUGCCUUUGUGGAAGUCAGCAGGGGAAAGAAGGAUGGGAGCAAAUCUAGAAUUAGUUGGUUCUGUGGUUCUGGCUCCUCUCACCCUUGGCUUCCUUUGCUUCCACCCUACCAGUCUCAGUGGGCACCAAUCCACCACUGCUCUGACCAUUAUCCAGUUCUGAUGGGAGUCCCAACAACAAUAUCAAUAUGGAAGGCUACAGUGUCCCACCUGUGUUUUACUAUGAUGGCUGUUUAUACAGUCAUGCUAAGCAUCCAAUGAGCAGCAUCUUCGGUACAUCAACACAUCCCGCCCCCACACCCACCCACCCAAUGGCCUCAUUGCUUUCCCAAGCAUAGCAGUAUUUGACCACCUUUCCCUUAUUUUAUUGAACUUAAAAAGUGGCAUGUCAAAUACUGAAGACAGUGCAAUUUUUUUCUACUGUGACGUUCUGGCAGCUGACAAAAGGGUUAAGAUUUCAGUAUUUAAAAGAGAAGUUCGAAAUUGGGAUUCUUGUUUCAGAGUUAUGGAUAUAAAGCUGAAGGUUUGGAAAUGUUGGCCUUAUUUCUAAGCAGUGUAUUUGGGAUCUGAGUGUAAGCCCUGUGGUAAACAGUGGAACUUUUAAGUUUCUGUUUAGGUUUCUUUACUAGUUCAAAGAGCAAGAAAAAUGAAGUGAAUGCUCAAUAUUCAAUUCCCUGGCCUCUUUUACUGUUAAAAGUAGUCAAUUUCUCGUAAAAGAAAUGUUACCAAAUAGCUGGGGUGUUUCGCAAUGUACCUUUUGAGAUUUAAAUACAAAAAAAUAGGAUGCAAUCUCGUCAUUUGAGUGAAUCACGUUUCCAGGACACACAAAUCUUUUUUCCUCAGUUUGCUUUGGCUAAAAUAGUUGUUGACCAAUUCCUGCUGGAUUUGCAACUCACAUUUAAGAGUGAAUCAUUUCCUCAGAAUUAGUAAAGCACAACAACUGUUAGCAAGUUAUUUCGGUAAUAAAUAAUUUUUAAAUAUAGUAAUAGUAUUUCUGUGCAAUGUUACUACAGUAUAUUGUUUUAUUGAUUACUCUAGGAGUGCCUUGGGAGGAUUACUAAGCAUAAAAAAUCAGUUUAGAAAUGUGUUAAAUAAAAUUAAUAACCUUCUCCUCAUUAAUAAGGCAGCACAUUUUUUAAAGUUUACAACAACAAUUGAUUGCACAGAGUGUAUUAGAGAAGAGGUAAUGCCCCUUCUAAUAAAAUGUCUGAUGGGUAUGCACCAUCUACAGUGGUGCCUCGCUAGACGAAUUUAAUUCGUUCCACGGGUCUUUUCUUAUAACAAAAAAUUCGUCUAGCGAAUCCCAUAGGAAUGCAUUGAAAUUUUUUUAUUUAUUUAUUUGCCCAUAGGAACGCAUUAAUUGAAUUUCAAUGCAUUCCUAUGGGAAACUGCGAUUCACUAGACGAAUUUUUCAUAAAACGAAUUCGUCUAGCGAGGCAACCUCCGCUCGAAAAAUCCUUUCAUUAAGCGGAAAUUUCGUUAAGCAGGGCAUUCGUUAAGCGAGGCACCACUGUAUGUGUUUUUCUUUAGAGCUACUGCUUUUUCUCAUGCAAUUUUAGGCAGACUAUCAAUUCAAUUCUAUGAAAGUAAACCCCACUCAAUUCAACAGGAUUUGCUCCUGUGUAAAUUUAUGUAGGUCUGCAACUUAAAUCUUGUACAAUUAAUCAACUUGAAUUAGGUGGUUCCCCUACUUUGGUAGCCAUGGAAUACCAGUAAACAUAAAUAAGGUCUGAAAUAGUACCAACUUUCAGUUUAUCACAUUAUUUAUUUACACAUUAUUAUAUCCUAUGCUUUAGUUCAGAUGCACCAGUACAAAAUGUGUGUCUUGUUCUAUAUAUACAUUGUUCUGUGUUAGCAUGGGCUACGCCAGUAUCUUCAGUGUGGAAUAAUGCUGUGGGUCUGCUUCAGCAUCAGAAUGGCACACUGCCUUAGGCCGCAAUCCUAAGUGCAAACUGUUUCCAUUGUUAACAAUGGAAAAGCACAAGGUGCCAUCGUGCAACACAGCAAGCAUAUUUAUGAGGGGGAAUGUCCGGCCAGGCUUUAUAAGGGCUACAUAAUUUUUGUAUUGGUGUGCUGUUGCGGUUGCUUGGAUGGUUGUCGUUCUUACGUUACAGAAAAGGAAAUGAAGAUGAGAGGUAGUGACUGAAUUCUUCGCCAGCUGUGGUAAAGAUUCACACAAUUUGCAACGGUGGGUGACACUUUGGCAGACAAAUGUGUGUCUGCAGAAUCUCAGCUUUCCAAUGAAAACGUAAAUUUGUUCAAGCUCAAGAAAUCUGUAGGGAAUGUUCUCUCGGGUCAUAUAUUUAAGAUCUUUUAUGGAUUCUGCCAAGCAUCUUUGAAAGAUGUGUUUUCUCCCUUAUUGAUGUCUACUGAAUUAUUUUGCUAUUUAUUGAGGUGGUUUUUUCUGUGUAGACCUGCAUUGGAGAAACUAAGGCCAAGGGUCAACUGUCCAGGCCCUCACAACUCUUCCGUAGGCCAUACCCCCAAACUGGUCCUGUUUUUCAACCCAAGUAUUUCUGCCUGGCUGGAAUGUGGAAUAUGUCCUUGAUUGAACCUUGAUGAUGCCUCUUGCUUGUCAGGAUGAAGGAUGGAGAGAGAAAAUUGCCCUCUAAUCUCAUCCUGUUGAGUUAUGGAAUCAAUUUCUAUGAUGGGAAGUCCCAAAUCUUUAAAUGAAACUUUCUUGCCAAAUGGUGUAAACGGUAUCAAGGACACCAGCAAGGUCACAAUAGGCAUUAUUGGAAGUGGAGAUUUUGCAAAAUCCCUGACCAUUAGGCUUAUUAGGUGUGGGUACCAUGUGGUCAUAGGAAGCAGAAACCCUAAGUUUGCUGCUGAGUUCUUUCCACAUGUGGUUGAUGUCACUCAUCACGAAGAUGCUGUAGCAAAAGCAAAUUUGAUUUUUGUUGCUGUACACAGAGAACACUAUGCUGCUUUGUGGGACCUCAAACACCUGCUUGUUGGUAAAAUCCUUGUAGAUGUCAGCAAUAACAUGAAAGUUAACCAGUAUCCAGAAUCUAAUGCAGAAUACUUGCAGUCACUUUUCCAAGAUUCUUUUGUUGUCAAAGGAUUCAACGUUAUCUCAGCCUGGGCACUGCAGUUAGGACCCAAAGAUGCUAGCAGACAGGUCUACAUAUGUAGUAAUAGUUUUCAAGCUCGCCAUCAAGUUAUGGAACUUGCCCGUCAACUCAGCUUCAUUCCUCUUGAUUUGGGCGCCUUAUCGUCUGCAAGGGAGAUUGAAAAUUUGCCUCUCCAGUUGUUCACGCUGUGGAAAGGACCAGUAAUAGUGGCUGUCAGCCUGGCCACCUUCUUCUUCAUCUAUUCAUUCAUCCGAGAUGUAAUUCAUCCUUACGUGAGGAACCAGCAGAGUGAUUUCUACAAAAUUCCUAUUGAGAUCGUGAAUAAGACAUUGCCAGUUGUUGCUAUCACUUUAUUGUCUCUAGUGUAUCUAUCAGGGCUGCUGGCAGCUGCUUAUCAACUUUAUUCUGGCACUAAAUACAGGCGAUUUCCACCUUGGUUAGAGAGCUGGUUGCAGUGUAGGAAACAGCUUGGAUUGCUUAGCUUUUUCUUUGCAACGGUGCACGUGGUUUACAGCCUCUGCUUGCCCAUGAGGAGGUCCGAACGGUACUUGUUCCUGAAUAUGGCUUAUCAGCAGGUCCAUGCAGAUGUUGAAAAUACAUGGAAUGAGGAAGAAGUCUGGCGGAUUGAAAUGUAUGUCUCCUUUGGAAUAAUGAGCCUGGGGCUGCUUUCUCUGUUGGCUGUAACUUCUAUUCCUUCAGUAAACAGGUCGUUAAACUGGAGGGAAUUCAGUUUUAUCCAGUCUACUCUUGGAUACGUCGCUCUGCUCAUAAGUACUUUCCAUGUGUUAAUUUAUGGAUGGAAAAGAGCCUUUGAGGAACAAUACUACAGAUUUUACACACCACCAAAUUUUGUUCUUGCACUUGUCUUGCCAUGCACAGUAAUUCUGGGUAAGGUAAUUUUGCUCCUGCCAUGCAUAAGCAGGAAAUUGAGACGGAUAAGAAGAGGAUGGGAAAGAAGACAGUUUAUGGAAGAUGGAAGUGGAACUGGUCCACAUCCCUCGCCAGAAAGGAUUACUAUCAUGUGAGUCUACAGUGACGCUAUCGCCUUUGUCAGCAUUGUCCUUUCAAAGUGAUGUAGUUCAUAGAAGCUUUACUAUAGACUGAAACCUGUGGGAAACAAGUGAUUAUAUGCUGUAAACUAUUAGGAAGUGGGCAGUGUUGGUCAAUGCAGACAUAACAUUUUUAACGUGGCAUAAAUGUCUUUGAGCACAUCCCUGCAUCCUGAAGAUUUACUGUCUGGGCAGAGAAAGUGCGUUCUCAAAUAUCUUCUGCCACACUUGGGUUUAUUAAUCUUGUUGACCAGAAGAUAAAAUACCAUUGAACUCCAUGGGGUUUAUAUCUGAGUGAAGAUUCUUAGCAUUGCACCAUUCAUAAUCUUACAGCUAUCUUCCCUUAGGCUGCCAGAUUCAACGCUGGAGAACAGUCGUUUUCCUUUAAAUCUAUUAAUGUUACAAAAGAUAAGUCCUGCCCUUUCCUUCCCUGCCCAGCUAUCUACCUCCUUUUCCUGCUUGCCAUAUGCCAUGUCUGGAGCCUUGAUCUGUUAUGGUAGGUUGGAGGUGUGCUGUAAGCCCCAAGAAUCACUACUGUAUUUGACUCCCCUGAAACAAAAUCCUGUUUCUACACUCUGAGGAGCACCAAGCAGGUGGAUCUUGCCAACCUUUAAAUGCACAUCCCAAACAAGUUAGCAUUGCUCUGGGGCAUUGUGGAAGACUUAACUGGUGGCCAAAUGGGGGGAAGGCUGCAAGAGAGAGCUUUCUUCAACCUCACCCACAUUUGCAAGCAUUUGCUCCAUUGUUUCCAGUGGGACUUGGACACCAUUGGGAGCACUACCAUCGCAGCUAAUAAAUUCACACUGACAGAGGAAGGGGCCCACUUUUCCCAGGACACUUUUCACCCAGAGCCAGCCAUGACAUGGUGAACGAGGGGAGCAGAGAAGCUGCAGCUGCCCUAUUUUCUGCUGCACCAGGAUAUUUUGAAGUAUAUGGUUGUUUUCCAGCUUUCGAUAAGGUUGCCAUUGUCUUUACCCUUUGUUUACACAUUCAGUAGUGUUUUGAAAUUGCAAGAAGAUCAAACUUACAAAGCUAGCUAUUCAUAACUGUGCUCAAAUCCACGGUCUUAAAAGACUGCUGGUUUCUGCUAGGUAGAUUACUACUAAGUUAGCACAAGCACUAGUCGACAAUGAAAUGAAAGUAAGGGACAUUAAUAGACCAAACUAGACAUGGCAGCAGAUUAAUUUGCUAACCCCAGAUCUUGUUCAAUCACAUAAAUAUUUGGGGAGGGAAAGGGGUCGUUUUUGUGUUUGUUUUUUAAGGAAAGAAAAUAUGGGAGUUGGUAGAGCUUUCUUGCAUUUUGCUUCUUAUUCCGGGCACAUUUCUUCUGCACUGAGCCUCCAGUACAGGAAGUGUGCUCAGCUGGGAGAAGAGCAAUUGGGUGAAGGGCACUUGUGGGAGAGUUCCGUUGCCCUUACCCACAUCCAUAAUCCAUGGGACUCAGCUGGAAACUUCAGUUUCCAUUAUUUCCAGUGGGAGGUGGGCAGCCUCGACUUUCGCUGGACUGUAUCCCAUAUGCAUUUUGCACAAUUUAUCACAAAACCAAACUUCAGUCCAUCUUUUGCAGACAUCUUUAUUGUCAGCAAGAAUAUCAGAGUUUGCUUAAUGCUAUAGCCUGACUUCCAGCACACUGCUUAUUUUAUUAAAGCCAAUGCUUAUAUUUGGCUCGAAAUUAAGAAUAAUAGGUAUUUCACAGUCCCACUUAACACACUCACUGUAAGGCCGCUAUGAAUGUGGGAUACCUGUUUCAAAUGUAUAACGGCAGGCUGGAGGCUGCUAAAAAUAAACAAAAAGGGACAGUUUGUAAGCCUUCCAUGCACUUAAGGUGCCAUGAUGUCUCUGUGUAUGACUAACAAGUAGAGAUGUGGGUGCAGAGCCACUGAAUCAUAGAUGCACCUGACUAGGACUCUGCAGCACCCUUAAAUAAGAAGGAUGCAGACCCAUGAACCCUGACAUUACUACUGCAAGUGCUUUCUCUAUGCUCACAGUAGUCAUAUGUCAGAGAUAGAGAACAUGGUGCCUUCCAGAUGUUGUUGGAAUCCAGUUUCCAUAACCCGCACCCAGGAUGGCCAAUGGUCAGAGGAGGUGCAGGGCACAGUCCAGUAACAUCUGAAGGGCACCAUGUUGGCCAGCUCCGUCAUGUACAAUGCCUUCUUGAUUCCACCUAUCUCUGGUUUGAGGCCUUUGGAACAAUAAGCUCAGAAAGAUUCUCCUCUUUUAACAUGUUUAGCAUAAUUGGGGGGAUAACUUCUUUUGUGUGACUAUGAGGGGGAAGGAGUCCAUUGGUUAUCCAUAUUUUGUUAUGGACUAAAUAUCCUUUUAACACGCUUUACAUUGCACAAAGGAUAUAUUGUUUGUGUGUGAAAAACAAAAACAUCUUCUGCCAUGAAUGUGCUUAAAUGAAAUCUUUAUAGGUUUAACACCUUGUUAAUAAUUAUGAUACCUUUUUUUGAAACUUUAGUCCUAGGUUCCUAAAAUUUUGGAAUGACACUUAGUAGGAAUUCAUUGUAGUGCUAUGGCAAUUGUUCUGUCAGCACACACAACCCGGAGCCAUUGGGGGGGUAUGGGGUGAAGGGGGGGGGAGCCUGUUGCACUAUCAGACGUCCACUAGGGAGACUACUUAGUUGAAUCCAUCCAGGAUAAUUUUGUUUACUAUUUUGCUAAACUGCAAGUAGCUUCACUAGUUAGUUUGUUUCUGCUAUUACCAUUUGAAGCCAGCAUAAAUGGUCAAAUAAAUGUCCAAAACAAAAAUUCCCAUCACUUGUCAAUUUUUCUCUAGGGCCCCAAACCAUAGCUGCCAAGUUAUCCCUUAUUUUAAGGGAUUUUCCCUUAUGCUGAAUAGGCUUCCUCGCGAGAAAAGGGAAAACUUGGCAGCUAUGCCCCAAACAAAGAAUGCAAGGUAGAUGUCUGUGUUUUUAUGAUACAGGUACACUAUUUGUGCAAAUAUUUGUGUUUAGUGAGAGUCUAGCUAGAUUAUAGUAAACGAAAGUAUUGAGGGCUAAACUAAUUAUAGCACUGAACAUGACACUGGAGAGUAUUAUAGGGCUCUUGUUUAAUAGCAGACAGGGAUGGAUUUUUGAAUGGAGCACAGCACAUGGAGGUUUAACCCUUUGCUUCCCAGCCACAAUCCCACUUAAAAUCUUGCCUCCCCACCCCAUCUGUUAGCAUUGGGGAUAAAGACUUCCAUUGACACCAGUUUUCAUCAGGAUUUAUUUUCUACUUGCAAUGUUCAAACCCACAAUAAUUCAUUGCAACAAUUGUUACUUCACAGGUGGUACUAAUUCCUUUGCCACUUUUAUUCAAAUAUAUAAAAUAAAUUGAAAAUUGGAACUUGUUGCUUAGCGGGGGGGGGGGGUGAGGCAGGAAGUGCCUAGCAACCUGAUCUUUAAAUGCUGUGCAAAUAUAAGAUAUGCUAUACCAAAAUAAAUGGGACCAUCUACUAACAGUGGAACAGUUUAAGGCAAGGUUAGGCCCUUCACAUUUCCCAGCUCCCAUAAUCCCUAGCCAUUGGCCAUGCUUGCUAAGGCUUAUGGGAGUUUCCGUUCAGCAGUAUCAGGAGGGCAAAGGUUUCUUACCCUGACAUAGAAAAUGAAUCAGUGCUGCCCUGUUUCUGGCCAAGAUGAACUUACAAUAGCACCUGAGCAGAAAUGCGCCUACGUUAACCAUAAACACCAGACUGCCAUUUCCAGCUCAAGGGCAGACCUGGGGUUUGUUGGUUCCGUUGCUUGCACUUACUGAAGAGUCGUCACCACAGUGGAGCACUUUUAUGGACCAUGUAAUUUAAUUCUUCCCAUUGAAAUCAAUGGAUGUUCUAAUUCUAGUUUUUUGGGUUUUUUUGUCAAGGGCUGCACUCUCUCUGGGGUAACCUGUAGGGGCUAUGUGUCGUAUGGGCAGGAACAGAGCCAAAAUUGGGUGGUCCCGCUUUUUUUUUCUAUUCUCUUGCAGGAGCGUAUACUAAUGACUUGUAGAGGGCUUUUGAAGUUCGGCCAAGGGCCACAUGCAUACUUCAGGCUGUUCUAAAUAAACAUUCUUACAUCAGUCACAUCCACAUGCUUCUUGAAAAGAAACCUGGAGCUGUAGUUUGUUAAGGGUGCUGGGAACUGUAGUUCUGUGAGGGGUGAGCUCCCGUUCCCAGGAUCCUCUGGGGGAAGCCAUGUGUUGAAUGUACGGUGUGGAUGUAAUCAGAUGCUUAUUCCCAUAUAUGCAGGGGAUUCCCAUUCUCUACUUGUGAGUGGUGCUCUUAGUAUGUGCCAUAUUCUGUACUUGUGCAUAUACCCUUAUGCUUGAAGUAUCCCGCUUAAAACAUGAUAACACCACUGCAAGUUCAGAGCUCUGGAUCCCAAAUGGUAUUUAGCACGUGGGUGUAAACUCUUUAAUGGCAGCUUUAUGUCAUAUUCAAUUCGGGCCACAAAAAUGUCUUAAGGAAAAUGCUAUCUUGAAUUAUUUUUCAAAAGGUUUUAUAUAAUAGCAUAGAUAUUAUUUUAUUUUAAAAAAUUACUUAAGAUAGGUAUAUUAAUAAAAUUGUAUUUUUGGAUAAAAUCAAAGAAGAGUACUAUUAAAAUAUUUAUGCUGCAUAUAGGGUUUUGACACAUUAAUUGAUUUGACUAUUCAUGGAGCAAUUUUCAACCCACUUGAAUGCAUGCAGGUCCUUUUCAUGCAAAUAAGCCUUACAGGCAUGCAUUUAAGAUGCAGAAUUGCACUCCAUUUUAUUAAAUUCACUGUGGCUCAGAUCCUGCAAUCUACAGUAAUUAUAAAAUAGUGUUUGAACACAACCACAAUCCAAUAUUUUCAAUGUUUAUUGGCCCAAGCCAGCUUGUGCUGUAUAAAUGCUACUACUUACUGAAAAACUCAGCAGAUCAAGCUUUUCUCCAGAUACUCAUAUUUUGUUAUCUAUGUGUGUACAUCUUGGCCAUACACAGAUCUUGGAAGACAUUGGCCCAAUUCUGAUGUUAACAAUUUCAUUCCAAAUAAAUAAUUGUUUAAUGCACUGAAAACAAUAAUUGUGUCUCCAUGGUCUCUUCCUCUCCUCCCUUCCUUUGCUUCUCUCAUAUGCCUCAACAGAAUUUUCCAAUGCUUGUUAAACUAUUUCAUCACUACAUCUGAACUAGGAAGCUACAGUUAAAUCUCUGGCUGCAAAUCAAUAUGGCUUCCUGGUUUGUUAUCAGAUAUUAAACCACAGCUACCUGGUAUGGGUGUAAUAGGUAACUGGUUUAAUAAACCCCAGGUUUCCAUUAUGAUGCACAAGAGAAGGGAUGAGAAAACACAGCACUCAUUCUCAGUACAAUAAACUAUGGUUUAUUGAAUCAAGAUACAGUAAUUAUUUCUGAACUGGGCCAUUGUAUGAACAUCUCUCCCAAUGUUUUCAGUGGAGCCUGUGCCGAUGUAAGAGGUUUUCGAUUGGGGUAUAAGCCAUAUAAUAAAUUAUUUCACAGCCUAAAUAUGAAUGGCUGAUCAAUAUAUUUUUGGUCUGUAUAUAUUUUUUGAGAGUUUCAAAUAAUUAUCUUAUUAGUUUCUUCUGAAAAUUAAUAUAACUUAAUUUAUCUCAUUACAAUGCACUAUACCGUAAUGCUGUACCACUGCUUAAUAUACGGUAGUCCAUGUGUGCUUUCAAAAUAUCAUUUAUAUGCAUUUAAAACAUUUGAAAUGGCAUUUGUAACAUUUGUUUUCCAUAAUUGAAAAAAAACCUUUUUAUUGUGCUUAAAAUGUGGCAAAUGAUUUCAAUUUUUUGUUAUUAAUUUAAGUGUUACUUGUUAACUGUAGCUGAUAGAUACAGCUGAAUGAUACUUAAAUUAAAUUUGAGGUUCUACUGAAUUUUAUUGUACGGUUGUUGUCUACUUGGCUGUAACAAUGUAGACCCAGAGGUGGGUGCAAAUUUUUCAUUGUUGACAUUCUUGUACAAACAUGUAAUGUGUUACACCAGAAUAAAUAUUUCAUUUGUGUUACAUGGGU